AUGCUGGCCCUCACAGUCUCGGCUUCCAGCACCGUAAGCGUCAGCUACGAUCCGAUUUACGACGUCGCCGCCACCUCCCUGAACAAGGUCGCUUGCUCCGACGGGCCACACGGCCUCCAACGAUUCGGCUACACUACCCUGGGCCAUGUCCCCAAGUUCCCCAUGAUUGGGGGCGCUCAGGUCGUCGCGGGCUACGGCUCGGAAGCUUGCGGCACCUGCUGGGAACUGACGUACAAUACGACGUCGAUCCGGCUGACGGCGCUCGACCAUGCCGAUACCGGCUUCAAUAUUGCACUCGCGGCCAUGAACGCCUUGACUGGCAAUAGGGCCCAGGUCCUCGGGAGGGUUCAGGCAACGGCAACACAACCGGAUGCUGCUGCAUGUGGCAUCCGAGGAUAA